UCCGCCGCAAACAUGGCUUUACCGGCGGAGAAUGCGUUGUUCAGAAAGUACGAGAUCGGGAAGCUUCUAGGCUGCAGGGCCUUCGCGAAAGUGUACCACGCUAGGGAUAUUUCCAACGGCCGGAGCGUCGCCGUGAAAGUGGUGAGCAAGAGCAAGCUCAACAACAAUGUUAAUCUAAUGGCGCACAUAAAACGCGAGAUUUCGACCAUGAGCCGGCUGCGCCACCCUUACAUCGUCAAAUUGUUCGAGGUUCUCGCCACCAGGACGAAGAUUUAUUUCGUACUGGAAUUCGUCAAGGGCGGCGAGCUGUUCGCGAAGGUGGUCAAGGGCCGGUUCUGCGAGGAUCUCAGCCGGAAGUACUUCCAGCAGCUGAUCUCCGCCGUCAGCUACUGCCACCUCCGCGGCAUCUCCCACCGCGAUUUGAAGCCGGAGAAUCUUCUCCUGGACGAGAACGGCAAUCUGAAGGUCUUCGAUUUCAGUCUGAGCGCGUUGACCGACCACGUCCAACAAAGCUCCACAUAUUAAAAUUCUGAAAUUCUAACAAACAGACAUAUAGUCUAUAGAUGCAGAUUCAUGAUCAA